CUUCUUCCUCUUGCCUUGUAAGUACCGAUCUCGAAGCUACAGGGGUCAGUCCGAUUCCAUCAGGACGCGUAAUAUGUGACUUACAUCCUGCAUAUUUUGAAGAAAGAUGUCUUGCACCAAGGAUGCAGAAGUGCCCGACAAAAGGAAGAUCACCGUUUGGCCGCAAUGGCUGGCUGUCCUUACGAUUGGUUUGGAGGCUAUUGUUAGUGGACUAGCAACUGGUUGGGCUUCCCCAUAUUUAGCACAAUUAACAUCGACUGAGGUGGACACUUCGUUAAGGCUAACCGACAUCGAGGCGUCUUGGGUGGCAUCCUUUCUAAGUCUUGGGCGUUUGAUCGGAGCGCUUCUUGGUGCUUUUUGUCAAGAGUUCAUUGGACGAAAGAGAGUACUGCUGUUGUCGGGAUUUCCGUUAGCCUCAAGCUGGAUCUUCACCAUCUGCGCCACAUCGGUCACAUGGAUAUACUGGUCCAGAAUUUGCUCUGGGAUCGGAUCGGGCAUAAUGUGGCCCGCAAUGUCUUUAUAUCUCGGCGAAAUCGCUGAUCCUGCCAUUCGAGGCUCGCUGAUAGCCAUGAACGUAAACGCGGCGUCAGUGGGUCUGUUCUUGGGCAAUGCAAUGGGUCCUUAUCUGUCCAUGGAGAUGUUCGCUUACGUGAGUCUCGUGCCGAAUAUCCUCUUUGUGGUUCUCUUCAGUCUGAUACCUGAGUCACCCUAUCAUUAUGCCCUUCACGGCGAUAUUGACGAAGCCGAGGCAUCUCUCAAGUGGUUCCGACGAGAGUCUGACGUCAAGGCCGAAUUGCAGGAGCUCCAGGAUUUCGUCAAUGGUGCCAACACUAGUACUUUGACGAAACUUAAAGAAUUUCUGCUACCAGCGAACUUGAAGAACGCCAUGAUUAUGUUCGGCUUGAACAUCUUUGUGUAUGCGAGCGCAUACAGCACGCUAAAUUCCUACGCGGAGAUUAUCUUGAUUAACAGUGAAGUAAGCGUCACUCCGUCGAUUGUGGUGAUGGUGCUGGGUCUUUCUACGAUUGUCGUCGGUUCUACCGUCACCUUGGUAGUGGACAGGUUCGGGCGAAAGAAUCUUUUAAUAGUCUCCAGCUUCGGCGUUGCUGUUUCGCUCGUUGUUCUCGGCUUGCACUUCUAUCUUCUCUCCUUGGGUUUAAAUCCUGAGAUACUGACGUGGUUGCCGAUUACAUCUUUGCUGUUCUUCAACAUUUUCGCGUCUUACGGCUUAAUGCCGGUACCUAGUACUCUCUUGAGCGAAAUGUUUCCAGCGAAUCUCAAGAAUUUAGCAUCGCUUUGCAUCGCCUUGGGAAACGCGCUAUUUGCCUUCAUGUUUGCCAAGACCUAUCAACCUUUCAUCGAUGUGGCUGGAGAAACAAUUGUCUUCUGGUGUUACGGGCUUUUCGUAUUAUUAGCCGUGCCCUACGUGUGGUAUUUUAUUCCCGAAACGAAAGGCAAGAGCUUAUUGGAGAUUCAACAGACCAUCAAGCAAUAGGGUGUCGCGAAGGACCGGAAACUAUCGAAAUCGACUUUGAUAAGAAGUUGAAAUGUUGAUGAAGAAGUGAAAUAUCGAUUAUAAACGAAUCUAAGAGAAAUUCGGCUAAGAAUUUAUAAUAAAAAAAGCAUGAGAGAGAGAGAGAGAGAGCCUUGAAGUAUCUAAUAUAUAAAUUCAAAGUUUCAAGCAUGGAUUAGGAAUUUGGAUAUUGGAGGAUCUCUGGAACUUGAGAUUAAAUUGUUAAGCUGAUACACUGGUUUCUAAAAUCCUGAUUAUAAUUUACAAUUCGAAAUUUAUGCAAUAAGUGAUACUUUAUAAAUUGAAUUGUUGAUAUUUGUUUUUUAAAAUAUAGUGUAAUAGACACACAUAUACACACACUGCGCAAUAUAUAACUUACAUAUACGCGCGCGGAGUGUGAUUACUUUAAAUUAAUAUUGUUAUUUAAAUCUGACGCGUUAUUUAGGUGAACAUAACACAUAAAAAAUCUUGUUGGUGACAUUAAUAUUAAAGAAUAUCAGGCUCUUCUACCUCACGA